GAUGUAUCCCCGCCCUUCCCUUCUUACUGCAGUGAUGGGCUUCAGAUUUUGUCAGCCAUUUCCUACGCGAAUCUGACCGCUGGCCUCUACUCAGCUAGAUCGGUUCAUUCGUUCUCUCAUUUAUUGGGCUUGUAAAACCGAGCAAAGCCAAGUCAUCAAGGACGCCAAUCGGUUGGUAAAACGCAGUCCUGUGGGUCGGCUGGCAUCCCAACCACGCGUUUUGGAGUUGUUCCUUUGGACAGAGGCGACAACAACAAAACAAACAAAAAACAUAUCGGCCAACGUUAAUGUGGGAAAUCUGCAGUUAUGGCUUUGAAGAUUGUUAAAGGGAGCAUCGAUCGGAUGUUUGACAAAAACCUCCAGGAUCUAGUGCGUGGCAUUAGAAACCAUAAGGAGGAUGAGGCUAAAUACAUCUCCAUUUGUAUCGACGAGAUCAAAUCGGAGCUGAAGCAGGACAACAUUGCAGUGAAGGCCAAUGCUGUCUGCAAACUGACCUACUUACAGAUGUUAGGGUAUGACGUCAGCUGGGCAGCCUUUAAUAUCGUGGAGGUGAUGAGCUCCUCGAAAUUCACAUUUAAGAGGAUCGGUUACCUGGCAGCCUCGCAGUGUUUUCAUGAGGGCACUGAUGUCAUCAUGUUGACAACCAAUCAGAUCCGUAAGGAUCUCAGUAGCCCUAAUCAGUAUGACACUGGUGUUGCCCUGACUGGCUUGUCCUGCUUUGUGACCCCAGAUCUGGCUCGUGACUUGGCAAAUGACAUCAUGACCUUAAUGUCCCACACUAAGCCUUACAUCCGGAAGAAAGCUGUGCUGAUCAUGUACAAGGUGUUCUUGAAGUACCCUGAGUCUUUGCGUCCGGCGUUCCCCAGACUCAAAGAGAAGCUGGAGGACCCUGACCCUGGGGUCCAGUCAGCAGCAGUGAACGUCAUCUGUGAGCUGGCCAGAAGAAACCCCAAGAAUUACUUGUCUCUGGCUCCCCUCUUCUUCAAGCUGAUGACCUCCUCCACUAACAACUGGGUCCUGAUUAAAAUCAUUAAACUGUUCGGUGCCCUCACACCACUGGAGCCACGGCUGGGGAAGAAGCUGAUUGAGCCACUCACCAACCUCAUUCACAGCACUUCUGCCAUGUCGCUUUUAUAUGAAUGUGUGAACACUGUUAUUGCAGUUUUGAUAUCCCUGUCCUCGGGAAUGCCCAACCACAGUGCUAGUAUUCAGCUCUGUGUGCAGAAGCUGCGAAUCCUGAUCGAAGACUCGGACCAGAACUGUGAGCCCUCUGUCAAUGCCUGCAUGAAAUAUCUAGGUCUGCUGGCGAUGUCCAAGAUCCUGAAAACUCACCCCAAAUCUGUACAGUCCCACAAAGACCUCAUCCUGCAGUGUCUCGAUGACAAAGACGAGUCCAUUCGCCUCAGGGCGCUCGACCUGCUCUACGGGAUGGUGUCGAAGAAGAACCUAAUGGAGAUUGUGAAGAAGCUUAUGCUCCAUGUGGACAAGGCUGAAGGCACAACCUACAGAGAUGAGCUGCUCACAAAGAUCAUUGAUAUAUGCAGCCAGAGCAACUACCAAUACAUCACCAACUUUGAGUGGUACAUCAGCAUCUUGGUGGAGCUGACGAGGCUUGAAGGCACUCGGCACGGGCACCUUAUCGCCUCGCAAAUGCUGGAUGUGGCUAUUCGGGUUAAAGCCAUCCGAGGCUUCGCUGUGGCCCAGAUGGCCACCCUCCUGGACAACGCGCACCUACUGACGGGGAACACCCAGCGCAACGGGAUCUGUGAGGUGUUGUAUGCUGCCGCCUGGAUCUGUGGCGAGUUUUCAGAACAUCUGGAAGACCCCAAACAGACUCUGGAGGCGAUGCUCCGGCCCAAGGUGGCCACGCUGCCCGGGCACAUCCAGGCUGUGUACGUCCAGAAUGCAGCCAAGCUGUUCGCCACGGUCCUGAGGAGCCAAGAGAGUGCCCCAGAGGCAGCGCAGGAGACCAGCCAGCUGAUGAUCGAGAGGCUGCCACUGUUUGUGCAGAGUGCAAACCUGGAAGUACAGGAGAGGGCCUCCUGCAUCCUGCAGCUGGUCAAGUACAUCCAGAAACUGCAGCAGAAGGACGUUGAAGUUGCUGAGGAGGUGACGGCUUUAUUUGCUGGCGAGCUCAACCCAGUGGCCCCAAAAGCUCAGAAGAAAGUGCCUAUUCCUGAAGGCCUGGACCUGGACGCCUGGAUCAAUGAGCCUCCUUCAGAGAGUGAGUCUGAAGACGAGAAGCCCAAGGCUGUCUUUGCCAGGGAGGAGCCCAAGCACACCCGAUCACGCCACACUGAAGUGGACGAGAAGGAGCUGGCCAAGCGGCGAGAAGCCAGGAAACAGGAGCAGGCCAAUAAUCCUUUCUAUAUCAAAGCCUCACCAUCCUCACAGAAGGUGUAUCAGGACGCCCCAGGAGUGGAGCACAUUCCAGUGGUCCAGAUCGACCUCAGUGUGCCUCUCAAAGUUCCAGGGCUGCCCUUAUCAGACCAGUACGUGAAGAUGGAAGAGGAGCGUCGGCAGAAGGAUAAGGACGACAAGAAGAAAAAAGAGAAAAAAAGAAAGAGGGAGAAGCGUGGCCGGGGGAGACAGGUGGACUCAGGCCCUGAGAGCGAGGAGGACAUCACCCCGGCCCAGCAGGUGGACAUCAUGACGGAGGAGAUGCCAGAGAAUGCCUUACCCAGUGAUGACGAUGACAAAGAUCCCAAUGAUCCCCACAAAGCCCUGGAUAUAGACCUGGACAAGCCUCUGGCUGAUAGUGAGCAGCUCCCUACCAGAACACAUCGCUCUGCUGAAGUCCUGAAGAGUCCAGGAGGGGAUGGAGAUGGAGAGACCAUCACACCCGAACCCAAGAAGAAAACUAGGAAGGACAAGAAAGAAAAGAAGAAAGUUAAGGACAAGGAGAGAACGAGGUCUGCAGAAGAUAAGAAGAACAAAAAGAAACACAAGCAUGAUCCUGAGGAAGAGGAGGCUAAGAUUGAAGAAGCGAUCACAUUGGUGAAUGCUGAAGAGGCGCAGCCUACUGCGGCAGCGGAUUUGGAUUUCUGGCUCACAACUGAUGCAGCUCCCUCUAGUGCACAGGAGGCUGUUGCAGCAACCAUCCCUGAGGUGCCGAUCGAGGCGGAGCCUAGUGAGGUCAAAGAGGUGGAGCCAGAAGAGAUGAAAUCCAAACAUAAGAAGAAAAAGCCGAAAAAAGAGAAAGAAGAGAUGGAGAGGGAGAAAAAGAAGAAGAAAAAGAGACACCACCACCACCGGAGUGAGAGAGCGGAGACGGAGUCGGUUCAGAACGGCACCAUGGAAGAGGAGGAGGAGGAGGAAGAACCCCUGCCGCCGAUGUCAAAUUACGGCUUGCUUGCUGAGAACGACUACAUUAAGAUGGUGUAUGACAUCCAAGGCAAUCUGCAGGACGGCAGUCAGGUGGUGGUGUCAAUCAUCUUCCAAAACAAGACCAGCAGCGUCCUCAAAUCAAUGGAGUUCAAUGUGUUGGAUUCUCUCAACUCUAAGCUGGAGAGACCAGAGGGUGCAUCUCCACACGAUGCUCUGUCUGUCCCAUUUCAGCUCCCACCAGAGGUUUCAAACGAGGCCCGCUUCGUUUUCGCUGUCCAAAGCAUAGUCAUGCCUCAGAAACUGAAGGGAACCCUCACCUUUAUAGUGAAGACCGAUGACUCCUCCACUCAUGAGAAACUGGACUUCAAACUGCACUUUACCUGCACAUCAUACCUAAUCACCACACCCUGCUACAGUGAUGCGUAUGCUAAACUGCUGGAGUCCGGUGACCUGAAGAGCAGCUCUCUGAAGCUGGAGGGCGUGACCAUGCCCUUCCACCACUCUCUGGCCCGCAUCUGCUUUCAUCACCACUUCUCUGUUGUGGAGAGGGUCGAUUCCUGUGCUUCCAUGUACAGCAGGUCCAUUCAGGGUCACCAUGUCUGUUUGCUGGUUAAAACGGCUGAUGAGACGGUGUCAAUCGAUGCCAAGUGUGAUGAGCUGAUGUUGCUGGAGAAUGUGUUGGAUGAGAUCAAGCAGACCUUCUCCCAGAGCUGACUGAAUUGAAGAUUGUUGGUGUCCUAUCGCCACGCCUCUCUCCACAUGGUCCUGUCUGUCAUAUCAUUUGCAGUUGUCCAUAGCACAUUGGCUAUCCCAACACACACAAACCAAUCUCCACAUUUAUUUUUCUUCAGUUAAUCCUUGACACCUAUUCGUGGUUACUUGUUAAUUCUUUCUUGCACAAAUCAUAGUUGGCAGAUCUUUUCAACAUUUGCAAGGCUAUAAAGCAGUCAAUCUGCCUGUCAAAAACAUUCCUGUCUUUCCUCUUAAACCAAUUACUUUCCAUCACUUUAAUAUUAAAUUGUGUUCCUGGGCAUUGUGCAUAUGUUAUUUGUUCCCUGUAUGAUGCCAUUGUCUUAGCAGUGGCUCUCAUAUGAUGAACUGGAUGUUGUUGUUUGCAUUUGUUUUAUAUUGAGUUUGUUUGUGUUUGUCACUUGCUUUGUUUUUUCCUCCAGUUCAUUUUGCGCCUUUCUCUCUUUACAUUAAACAUUAGCAUGCACAGCCCUCCUCA